AUGGAGGAGGUGCAGGCCGCCGUGACGGCGCACCUGGACCAGGUGUCGGGCCUCGUCCAGGCGCUCUCGUCCGAGCUCCGCAGCGGGAUCGGCCCCGCCGCCGACAGCCUGCGCGGCUUCGUCCGCGCCGUCGACUGGACGGAACCAUGGCUGAUGGGCUUGAUGGCAUUCCACGCGAGCCUGCUGCUGACGGCCGUCGGGCUGAGGAGGCAUGCCAACCUACAGUUCUUCUUGCUGUUUCUUGCUUAUUCGGGAGUGUAUCUAGCUCAAAAGAUAAACAUCUACCUAGCAGAGCACUGGAAGAGCUUUGCCAGCCAGAAUUACUUUGACCGUGCUGGAGUUUUCAUCUCUGUUGUUUGGUCUGGCCCCCUUAUCUUCAUAUCUAUUGUCUCCGUGGUUAGCUCCCUCAUCACAUUAUGUCAGUUAAUGAUAAAAUUGAAGAGAGCAGAACUAAGGCAUCGGGUUCGGCUUGCUCGUGACAAGCAGGAAUGAUUUAAAGAUUCAGGGAAAACUGGGUUAUUGGUCUUCAAC